GUGUGACAGCAGGGGGCGCUGCUCGCUGAGGCUCUAUUCAUUAACAUGAAGUGCAGGUUUUACCAUCAGAGCUGAAUUACAAUACAGGAAGCUGCAUCUGUCUACGUGCCUUUUACCUCGUCCAAMCCUCCACCCAGCCUUCAUCUGUCCCUGUUCCACUCUGCACGACUCAGAGACAUCAGGGACUUCAGAGGUGCAGGUGCUGAAGAGUUUCAGACAUGUCUUUGUUCCAGCUGUUGAGGAAGAGGAAGGAGAUCAUCCCUCUGGUGGGCUUCACGGUGUUAGCAGCGACAGGAGCCACCACAGCUAGUCUUUACUUCCUGUUCACUAAACCUGAUGUGAUUCUCAACAAGACGUCCAACCCAGAACCAUGGGAGAGACUGGACCCAUCCAAACCCCAGAAGCUCCUCACCUUCAACCAGCAGUGGAAACCAGUGGAGGAGCUGGAGCUGGUCAAAUCCAUGACCAAAUGAGUCCUUCAGAACCGGCCUGACCCGGUCCACCUGAUCCACCUGCCCCCAUCAGUCCAACAGAAUCCUUUCUGCACAAACUGGGACCGUUUGACACUCAGUGUGUGGACAUUCUUCUGCUCAACUGAUCUGGCUCUGCACAGGAACCAGCCGACCCGUUUGGUACCAGAGGUUCUGGAUCUCCUUAAUGUUGAAGAUAUUCUUCUGUCGAGUGUCAAUAAAUCCUGAAUUUCCUCAGGCGGGACAAUAAAGCCUGUUUCUAUUUUA